UCCGCUACUAGAGAACGAGGCGGAGGUGAUCUGAAGUCGACUGAUCGUACCUGGAUCUGUGAAUCGACUUUUCGACUGUUCCUGUUAUUCCGGUUCAUGCUGGCGGUCCACACUACCUGACGGUCUCUGUUUAGGACUAAAACCUCUACUCUGGUCUUUAUCGGGACUCUAUCAUCACUAGGUGGAUCUCCGGUGCUCCAGCAGCGGCGCUCGGAGCUCCCAGUGACGGGCUCAGCUCCCCCGGUGCUCGGUAUGUCCUCUUCCGGGGCCCCGGUAGUUACUGUCCGGCUAGUCCGCUCCUUCGAACACCGGAACUUCAGACCGGUGGUUUAUCGAGGAGUGAGUCUGGACCAGACCGUGGACGAGUUCAUAAAGACGGUCAAAGACGAUAUCACGAUGAGAUCUGAUCUCCCUGCUCCCUUUAGAAAAUAUGACUAUGACACUAUGAAGAUCGUCCACCAAGCUCACGGAGCGAAGACGAAUGAGUUGGUGAUGAGUCUAGAUGACGAUGAAGAGCUCAUCCUGAGGGAUGGACAGACUCUCAGAGAGGCAGGUGUAGCCAAUGAAACGGAGGUGGCGUUCUUCAGAAAAGAAGAUUACGGUCGCUUUAAGGCCAAUCCAAAGACUGUGUGGUGACCUUGGGGCCUCAUUUACUGCAGAGGUUAUUCUAAAAGGACAGAGGUCAGACAUCAAUCAUGCUGGGAUGUCAGAAAAAUAAGAAUAGCACUGUCAUGUUUCUUCCGAGGACUUUUAAUUUGAAAGGUUGUUUUUAGAGUGGGUUUCUUCUCCACCACUCCGGUGUGCCUUUUAGUUUCUAUUUCUCAUGGUUCUUUCUUGUGGUGCUUUGACCAAAGACUUUUAUUUCAUUAUUGUUUUAAAAUCUGUUUAAUAAAAUGUUCUCACUGCUGA